AUCCACUGUAAGGUUUGCCAUCUACACACUGAUGAUGAAAUCAUACCUUCCUGAUGAAAGUCUCCCAAGCCUGAAGACAACAACAAAGUCAACAACAGGCUCAUAAAAUGGGGUCUUGAACAUUUAGUAGGUGUGCCAGUGGCUGAGAGAAUGAGGCAGAGAGAAGAAGACAUGCUCAGAAUACAGUUACUGCCUGUGUCAGUUCUCCGAAGAUGGAAUCCCAAACGGUGCUGCUAAACUUAGCCAAGGAAAACAAUCCUGCUCUCUGCAGGGCGAAGAAUACAAGUACAGAGAUAGACACUCAAGCUCAUGGGAUCACACACACACACACACACACACACACACACAGAGAGAGACAUUGACACAGUAUGCACAAAUACACUUUAUGAAUACAAGUACCUGCUGAUUGGGAGAGUAAUGUGCACAAAAAUGGGUCAAACAUUGAAAAUGCAAUGUAGCCUAACAUCAUCUGAAUUCCCCUAGCUUUCUCAUUUAUUUCACCAGACAGCUUAAAAAGGUUUUAGUGACAUCAGGUGGUCAGGAUGUGUAACAACAAUGAAGGAAUCCACAAAUACUGUUUUUGUUGUUGGAUUCAAUGCUAUCACAUGCACUGAGCAUCUUCCUUACAUUCAUUUUAAAAAAAUUAGGAGAAAUCCCUGGAGAAAGCUGAGGUUAAAUAAGGAUGUAAUAAUAACAAGCUUAGUUCCUCUAUAAAUUAAUGGAUGAUUGAAUCAAGGGAAUAGUACUAAAGUCUUAAAGCCUGACCCACAAGGGUCACCAAUAACUUUUGUUCUCAGUAGCAUUUUUGGUAUUUUGGCAUUUUCUUUAAAUUCACUUUAAAAUAUUUGUCCUACCCUUUUAUCCAAAGUGACAUAUUGCAUUCAAGUUUUUUUUCUUUCAUGCAUUCCUUAUCAAACCCAUGACCCUGACGUUACUAGCACCAUGCUCUACGAUUAUCUUAUUCCUAUUAUGAAAUAUUGUUGGGAGCAUUUAGAACCAUAAUGACAAAGUUUAAUAAGAUUCAGUUACCUAUAAAUAUAAUAGCAUAUGAAGAUCUAUUUAAAGAACCUAGAAUCCUCUUUUUCUCUCCUUUUCCAUAUAUCUAAUAUCUCUAUUUCUAUACUUCUACUGUUCUGUGAAGCACCAUCCCACAGGACACCUCAGGCAUAUAUGAGUAAAAUCUUUUUUCCUAUUAAAUUCUCCGGAGACACUUUCAGACUUUCUGUUUUAAGUCUUUAUUUUAUGGCAGCUUUGGCUCUCAUGUGCCAGAUACUGUACACUGUUUGCUCUGUAUAAGUUUUGCAUGCCACUUUGUAUUUUAUCUAUGUAUUUUUUUACAGUCUUAAUAUCUAAUCUUAAUCUUGCAAUUUUACAAUGAUUGCACCAUUUCCUGCUAACUGAAACAGUAUUAAGACUAACUUUUGCACUAUAAUUGAAAGUACAGCUCACAAUGACUCUGGUUACCCUGCGGCACUAAUCGUCUAUUAUAUCCCUCUUUGCGCUUUCUAUAGUCAGUCAUUAGACCAUCAUCCUCUAUUUUGGCUUGGUACUGUGUGGCCCCCUUUCUUUUUGAAAAAAAGAGUCAUAAUUCUGUUGAAUAAUUCAAAGGGGUGAAAUUGAGAGGCUCUAGAGUUUCGACCGGUUAUUGUUCCUGGGCAAGGUCGCUGAAUGCUAGUAAAAAGUGAACUCUACAUGCAGGGUACUCAUCACCGCCAGGUUCGGUUCAGUCAGGGCAUGGUCCACUGCUACAACAUCAUCGCACACACACACACUCAUGUAUGCAUGGACACACACAUGAGGUCAACCACAUGCACAGAGUGAAGGCCACUCGGGAGGAGGAUGCCACGGCAUAAACUCAUCGCAUCUGAAAGUGACGUGAGCAUUGAGGUGGAUGAAGGGAAGGAUAAUGAAUUCAGCCUUUACUACGUGGAAGUGGAGGAAAACUCCAAGGGAGGUAAGGAGAAGCAGGCGACGCGAGAUGGCAAACGGAGAAGAGAGAGAAAUGGGGAAGUUAGCAGGAGAAGAGCUUCAGAGAAAAGAUCAACUGAGAUGGGUAAUAAAAGAGCAGAGAAGAAACAUGACAAACACCACAAAACAACAAGGAAAGAGGGUGAGAAAGACAGAAAAAGGCCAAGAAGAAGGAAUGCAGACGAAGAGGAGGCUGAGGAAGAAUCCAGCAAAGAGAAAAAGAACAUUAAAAAUGAAAGAACCAAGACAGUAAAACUGGAAGAUGAGAAGGAAAAAGAUGUGAAGAAAAAGAGAAAGAAGCAUGUUAAAAAUGAUGAGGACGAUGCAAAUCCUGGAAAGACAAAACAGAAAGAUUGUCAAGAGGUUGCCUUGAAGGAAAAGAAAAAGAAAAGAAGGAAGCCAGAGACUACCUCAGAAUCGGAGUCACAUUCUGAAUCGAACUCUGACGCCGAGUCAAAAGACAAUCAGGCAGUGGGAGUUUUGGGCUCUCUGACCCCAGAGGAGCUAGAACAGUUAAAAGAAGCGGUGGAUGAAAGGAAAAAGUUGAUCACCACACUAAAAGGAAAACCCUGGCCCAUGAAGAAAAAACUAGUUAUCCUUAGGGAGUCACAGGAGUUUGUGGAGAAAUAUGAAGGGGCUUUGGGAAAAGGCAAAGGCAGGAAACUGUACGCCUACAAGGUCCUGAUGAUGAAGAAAUGGAUGAAGUUUCAACGUGAUCUUGAGAACUUCAAAACUGCCUGCAUCCCAUGGGAGAUGAAGAUAAAGGAAAUAGAAAGUCAUUUUGGUUCAUCAGUUGCAUCUUACUUUAUAUUUCUGAGGUGGAUGUAUGGCAUCAAUAUGAUUUUAUUUGGACUGACAUUUGGGUUAGUAAUGGUUCCAGAGGCUCUCAUGGGAAAACCAUAUGGUAGUAUGCCCAGGAAGACAGUGCCCAGAGUGGAAGAGGCCAGUGCUAUGAAUUUUGCAGUCUUAUGGGAUUUUGGGGGUUAUGCUAAGUACUCCGUCCUCUUCUAUGGCUACUACAAUAACCAGCGGGCCAUUGGGUGGCUCAAAUUCCGCAUGCCCCUGUCCUACUUCCUGGUGGGAGUGGGUACAGUGGCGUACAGCUACAUGGUGGUAAUCAGGACUAUGGCCCGCAAUGCCAAUGAAGAAGGUGGCGGAGAUGACACCAGUUUCAAUUUCAGUUGGAAGACAUUCACUAGUUGGGAUUACCUCAUUGGAAAUCCUGAGACAGCAGACAACAAGUUUGCUUCCAUCACCACUAGUUUUAAGGAGGCCAUUGUGGAGGAGCAAGAGAGCAGAAAAGAUGACAACAUCCACCUGACGAGGUUCCUUAGAGUGCUGGCCAACUUCCUGGUACUCUGCUGUCUGGCAGGGAGUGGGUACUUGAUCUACUUUGUAGUACGCAGGUCUCAGAAGUUUGCUCUGGAGGGACUGGAGAACUACGGCUGGUGGGAGAGGAAUGAGGUGAACAUGGUGAUGUCUCUGUUGGGAAUGUUCUGUCCGAUGCUGUUCGACGUGAUCAGCACUUUAGAGAACUAUCAUCCACGCAUUGCCCUCCAGUGGCAGCUGGGACGCAUUUUUGCCCUUUUCCUCGGGAACCUCUACACGUUCAUCAUCGCUCUCAUGGAUGCCAUCCAGCUAAAAAGGGCAGAAGAGGAGAUUGUGAAGAAGAAUAUGACAAUUUGGCAAGCUAACCUGUACAACGGGACUGUGCCAGACAACUCAACUGCUCUUCCGAUCACAGUGCACCCUGCUGAUGUUCCCAGAGGGCCUUGCUGGGAGACAAUGGUUGGACAGGAGUUUGUUCGUCUCAUUAUUUCUGAUACAAUGACGACUUACAUCACUCUGCUAAUUGGGGAUUUCCUCCGUGCUGUACUGGUGCGAUUCCUAAACAACUGCUGGUGCUGGGAUCUGGAGUAUGGGUUUCCAUCCUAUUCAGAGUUUGACGUCAGUGGGAAUGUUCUGGGGCUGAUCUUCAAUCAGGGGAUGAUCUGGAUGGGGGCAUUCUACGCUCCAUGUCUUCCAGCGUUAAAUCUUCUCCGGCUUCACGUGUCCAUGUACCUGCAGUGUUGGGCGGUGAUGUGUUGCAAUGUGCCUCAGGAACGGGUCUUCAAAGCUUCAGGCUCCAGUAACUUCUACAUGGCCAUGCUGCUCGUCAUCCUCUUCCUCUCUACACUGCCAGCUAUAUACACCAUUGUCUCCAUUCCUCCCUCCUUUGACUGUGGACCUUUCAGUGGGAAAAACCGCAUGUUUGAUGUAAUUCAGGAGACCCUGGAGACAGACUUUCCUGCCUGGUUCAGUAAAGUAUUCAGUUACGCCUCGAACCCCGGGCUGGUGCUGUCCUUUCUUCUGCUCCUGGUUCUUGCAAUAUAUUAUCUGCAGUCCACUUCUAAAACGUACAAAAGGGUAAACAUGGAGCUGAAAAAGAAACUUCAAACUCAAAAUGAGGAAAACAAGAGAAAGAACAAACUCGCAGCCUUAAAAGCAGCUAAUGAACUGGAGCAGGCGAAGAAAGCAGGAGAACAAUGCAGCAACAGUGCCUCCGAUUUGGGAGUGAAUGAAGAAAGCAGCAGCAUAGAUGAAGCAGGGCAUCACAGACAAGCUGGACAGAACGGUCGCUUAAUUCACCCUUCACAGUGUCAGGAUACUCAAAACUCUGAACCUCCCGUCUCCUCAACCCACACAACUACCAGACCCCCUGCAUCCCGGGGCCACACGGCUUCUGGACAUCUUCCAGGUCACCCACAGAAAAACGCUCACUCAAACAGAAAAUAAACAGCACAGAUGUAAAUAGAUAAAUAGAUGAAUCUCUAUGUUGCAUGCACGACAUUUGCCACCUAUAUGACCGUUUUUAUUUCUUGUUGAACUUGAUACAGUAUAAAUCCUGUGCCCAGGCAUGCAGCACAUAUCAUGAAUGUCUCAGUGGAGCUCAAGGACUUGGUGGCUAUGUAAUUCUAGAAUGAUAAGUCUUAUCUCUGUGAAAGAGAAAUGACUGCUCUUGUUACACGCAGGCCAAACUAGGGUCAAACUAUUUCUUCAUUUGUUUUUUUUUAUAUUUAGUUUUAGAAAUAUUUGCUGGAUUGUUGGUUUACUUGCCAGUUGCAACUACUUAUUAAACUACAGCUGAAGUUCAGGGGCGUUUCCAACCUUUCAUUAGUACUGGGGCACAGGCUCCCCUUUCAAAAAAGUGUGCUCAUAUUUUGAUACCCUUUUUCAAAAUCACUUUUACCUGUAGUACAGAGUUGUUCACACAAGCUGCACAUGCAAUAAAGAGCUGCUUUGUCAUUACACAAACGAUAGAGCACAUUUGCUAGCUUUGUUUUCUAGGUAAAACUUUAGUAUAGGGAUCAAUUCUUACUAUUGACCAGUUGCUCAUUAGCAUGCCUAUUAUCAACAUAUUAGCUGUUUAUUAGUAUUUAUAAAGCAUUUAUUCUACAUGACCAUAUUCUACAUCCCAAAAUCCUACCCGAUAACUAAACUGAACAACUAUCUUAUUAACUAUUAAUAAGCAGCAAAUUAGGAGUUUAUUGAGGCAAAAGUUGUAGUUAAUGAUUUUUGUCAAUAGCGAGAAGUGGACCUUAAAAUAAAGUGUGACGGUUUUCUACAAUGGAUAGUGGGUAGAAAUCCACUUCAUCCAGAGCUCUUUUUUGUUUUAUAAAUUGUCUGGUUACUAUUGUGGUGUGAUAAAACCGGUGCGGACAAUUCAGUGAGUGAACAGUCUUAAUGAAUCAAACUGAAUCACAAACAAUUUAAGACCUUUAUGCAAACCUGUUUGACUCAUUAGAUCAAAAGAGUGAUUAGUUCGCGAAUCUGAGAUCAUUAGUUCUGAUUCUAAAAAGCUGAUAGAAAAAAAGCACAAAAUAUUCUCAUUUUUCAACACUUAAGAUUGACAGUUUGGCCCUGCCCACCAUUAUGCCUCUUCUUUCCAUUUCAUUGUUUCCCCACUCUCCAAUCCAUGCAGCUUUAUCUUGAUCAGCGUGUCAGGUGCCCCACAACAUUUCCAUGUACAUUACUGUAUUCUCAAAUCUGCUCUCAGCUCUAGGCGUGUCUGAUGUCUCGGAUUAUUUUCCUGCAGCCACAGAUUUGGCAGUGAAGAUGCAUGUGGCUCAUUUGUCAUGCCACGGCCCACACUGUUCUGUUUGGGGUUACACUGUGUUCCAUUUAUGUGAGGGCAUUUGUUCCCAACCCACUACUAGAGGAUAGUAAAAACAUUGAGAAUAUCAUCUGAGCACCUUCUUUGACGCUAGACUGAAAAGAUCUUACAAUCCCAAGAAAUGUAUAUCUCUGUAUCAAAUCUUGACGAUUACUUAUAAGAGAAUUGGCGCAUAAGUUUCAUUAACAUUGCAAAUGCUCAUCCAUAAUUCAUGAGCAGACUUCAUUAAGUAUUAACAGGAGUCAUUUGAGAUUUUGUUUAUUUGUUCAUUUAGGGAGCCAUUGUUCAUUUGAAGAUACAGCUCUUUUUGAAUUCAUUUUAUAUGGUCCGGAAAAUGCUAGGAAAUCAAGAUAAGUGAAAACUGAACAACUUGUAAGACCAAAUAACAACUUUUUGUGUUGUGUACCUGCUUGUGAACCUUGAUGAGGUCUUCACAAGCCACCACUGAGAAACUUCUUUUAUAUACGGGACAUCUGAUCUGUGUGAUUGUAGUUCUGUUACCGGACGUUAUAGUAGUAGACCUCUUGUGCAUAAUUAACUCAAAACAAUUACUGGUAUUCGGCUGCUGUGUCUGAGCAAGAAGGUUAGUUUCCUUUAAAGUGCCCGAAUUUCCUGUCGACAUAAUGCUUUAUUUACACAAACUGAAGAAUAAAGACACAUUUAACCAUAGCUAAACCAUAGUUCAGUAUAUGAACUGAUAUAGAACCAAGCAAAAAGGGUGUUAAGAGAAUAAAAAAUUGAAAAACAGUUACCUCUUGUACUAAGA